UUUGGCGGGGAAUUUAUUGUGUAGUAGAUUCGGUAAAGCAUUUUGAGCACAGAAUGUCGCCGUUUAGUCGCUGAUAGAAAUGCUUAGAUUGGCCAAAGUAUGUAAAACUUUCGGAUACUAGCUUAGGCCACAUGGCUGGAAAAUGGAAAGCAUCUGUUGUAGGCGUCGAAAGUGGCACCUUUCAAAACAAUGCAGAACGGAAACUAGUGUCUCACGUGCCGGAUCUGGUCGUUUUUGAUAGGACCCCUGGAAAGAUUCCUCACGUACAUAAAUUUGAUGGUGUUUUACUUUUUGCUGAUGUUUCUGGAUUCACUGCACUAACAGAGAAAUAUACACAGUCUAGCGAAAAGGGGACUGACGCACUUACCGUCACUCUCAAUGCUUACAUUGGUAAAAUCGUGCAAAACAUUCUUCAGUUAGGAGGGGAUAUUCUUAAAUUUGCCGGUGACGCCAUUUUAGCUGUUUGGAAAGUAACAGAAAGAAGAUACCUCUGCUAUGCCAUUUCUCAAGCUGUGAGAUGUAGCUUGAACAUUCAGGAAAAAUGUGACAAUCAGAUGACCGACGUAGGCGUGAAGCUGAGAGUGAAAAUAGCAAUUUCUGCUGGAAAGAUUUAUUCCACAUUUGUGGGGAAUGAAGCAUGCAGGUAUUUUGUAAUGGCUGGCCGCCCAGUUGGUGAAGUCAACGCUGCUGAAAAAUAUUGUGCUGCGGGUUUAGUCGUUUUGUCACCAAAUGCGUUAGAACUGGCUGAGAGAGACAACAUCAUUUAUGAUCCAUUGGGUGGCAGAUUCGGGCUUGUUCGUUAUCUUCGUCACGACCCUAGAAAAAAUUGGCACGAAUAUGUCGAUCUACCCGACGGUAAUAGUCGGAUUAUUUCAACCAACAAAAGUAUUAUCAGGAUAGCACUUCGGCUGAAACCUAGUCACGAGAGGGAGGAAAUAAUGCGCAAGUAUGUCACCAAUGUCGUCCAACGAAAGCUCGACGACAAUCAGCCAUUGAAGUUUCUCUCGGAAAUGAGGCAAUGUUCGAUUGCAUUCAUCAACAUGGCUUUUGACCUCAACGAGCGAGAUCGCCGGUUUCAUGACAUACAAUGUCAAAACAUGCAAGCAGCUUUUGACACUGUGUACAAUUGUACUUCCGAUAUGCAGGGUUCUCUCAAUAAGAUUUUCAUGUUCGACAAAGGCUGCACAUUUCUUGUCAUAUUUGGUCUACCGGGAGAUAAACACGAAGAAGAACCUGCGAAUGCAUUGCAAGCUUCUUUCAAAAUAUGCAAGGAGCUGAAGCAACUGCCCACGCUCAGUUUCGUAUCGAUUGGAGUUACGACAGGUCCUGUAUUCUGUGGUGUAAUAGGACAUGAAGAAAGACACGAAUAUACAGUAAUUGGACAAAAGGUAAACUUAGCUGCCCGAUUGAUGAUGCAUUAUCCUGGUGUUGUAUCUUGUGAUAUCGAAACAUUUCAAGAUUCCAAGUUGUCAAAAGAUAUGUUUACAAAACUUCCAUAUAAAGCGAUGAAGGGUUGCGGAGAAGUUACCGUUCAUGAAUAUACAGAAGGUUCAAGAAAACCCAUCGGUAAAACAUCUCUUAUAGAGCCGGAGUAUUAUUUGAUAGGGCGUGAAGAGGAAGUCAACUUAUUCAUGCACGAACUGAAGCAUUUGACGACAAAUCGAAAGCUUGGGUCACAACGCCGAGUGAUAGUUUUCGAAGGAGAAGCUGGGUAUGGCAAAUCCAGAGUAAUGGAAGAAAUCCAGUGGAGAGCUUUAAAAGAAGGUGUACGGGUCGUUGCGUUUCCUCUUUCAAUCAACGAUGCAAAAAUGCCAUAUUUUACCCUGAAAACACUCAUAGAGUUACUACUUGGUAUACAAGGUUACACAGACCAAACAGUACGAGAACAAGCUUUACUUUGUGCCACAAAUCCAACUGAUGUACCGUUACUGUGUGUUCUCAAUGAUAUCAUAGCUGUUGACUUCCAAGCUUCAGACGAGGUAUUACGCAUGAACUCCGAUGAGCGAACUCGUGUGAUGCAUAAACUGGUCGUAGAAAUCGUUCACAAAGUUGCCGGAAAUCAAUUCGUUAUGUUCGCGCUAGAUGAUGCUCAAAAUAUCGAUAAAGAAUCUUGGAAAUUUAUCACAACUCUAUCGAAAGAUUCUCGUGCUUUAUGUGUUCUAGGAUUGAGACCUUUUAGUCCGGAUAAACCACCAUGCGAUCACGCCAAGCAGAUACUAUGCCAUCCGAAGACGAUGUUUCUCAAACUUGGUGGUCUACCCAAUGAUUACAUGGGAGCACUGGUAUGUCAGAUUCUCAAAGUUCAAAGAAUUCCUCAAGAGCUUGAAAGAUUGAUUAUUGAGAGAAGUCAUGGAGUUCCACGAUGGUGUGAACAGUUACUACAAGAAAUGCAAAAGGCUGGAUUAAUCUUAAUCGUCCCACUUUCAAGAAGUCGAGGAUUUCAACAAUCUCAUCAAACUGCCCUCGUUGAUCCCACAUUUACAAAAAGAAACUUUGACAGGGAGACGAUUUAUCAACCAGACAUCCCAUUUCACCAACAAAAAGGAAAUCAAGUUUUGAAAAGGAGUGACUCAACUUCAACUCCUAUUGACGAAUUUGUUUAUGAACACGAGCCAAAUCAGAGGUCUCACAUAGAAAAACGUGAAGAUGACAACAGAGAAGAUGAUAAAAGAGAUUUGCCUUCAAAUGCAAGAGAAGUGUCAGAGGAUUUGGUCGACGAAGACUUUUUCCCGCAUACCUCGUCGAGUAAAACGGAGGCCCGACAUGGCAAAAUGGGUCGAAUGAGUUCUUGGGCAGAUAAGAUGCCUUGGCACAAGAGUAGCACAACUCUGUUGGAGUUUUUGAAAAGUCAAAGCAAGAGCAAACUGAAGGAAUCAACAGAAAAUCUACAAGCUAAACAAAUGGACAAAGCUAAACAACUAAAGGAAUGUAUCAUAAAGCCUGGUUUUGACAUUAACAAGUUUCCUGUGCCUGCUUCUAUUAGGGGUAUGGCUUUGGCAAGGCUUGACAGAAUGAUGCAAUAUGAUCAGUUGAUUGUAAAAUGUGCUGCAGUCAUCGGUGAAAAUUUUUCAAGGAAGAUGCUCACGUCAGUUGUUCCUGGUUAUCAAAAAGAUAAAUUCCAACAAUCGAUAUUUCAGUUAAUGAGACUCCGCGUGUUUCAAUGCGCUUCCAUUAUGACAGCAAAGGAGACACUGGAGACUCAGAAAAGUCUCGGUCGUCCAUCGCAUGGAAUUACUUGUGAUUGUCGAGCAAACUUAAAACAUGACGAGGAUGACGACGAGGAACAUAACUAUACAGGAGAAUUGGCGGAGGAAGAUAUUGCAGCAAGAUGUGAACAACUCAUGUUCAUCAAUUCUCUCGUCCGUGAAACAGCCUACGAUCUGUGGCUCGAAAGCCAGAGAAAAUCACUUCAUGAAGCAUGUGCAUGUUAUCUUGAAACGAAGAUAAAUGAGGUUCUAAUAACUGGAACCACAGAUGAUGCUAUCGCGAAGCAGUUUCGCUUAUCAAAAAACAUUUCAUCUUCUGUUAUUCAUAAGACAGUUGGACGAAAUUCAGCUAUUUUCUCUACAACAAAACUUAAUGAAGUAAAUUCGGAGGCGACACCGCCCUCCUGGAAGUCUACCGGUACUGUGCCUGGGGGUGAGUCCACUCAGUCUAUAUUCUCGAAAAGUAACUCGUCAUCUUCUUCGUUUUUCACUCGAAAAUCAACCGCCGAUGGACAUGAGAGAAAUAACGUUGGCCAAUCGCCAGGUUCUCAUCUUGCACCUCCCAACAAUCAAGGAUACAGACGCCGUGUGAGCAGUUCUGUGAUCGGAAGAAUGAAUUUAGAAAGAGUUGGAGCAAAUAAAUUGGAAUCAAAACCGCUAAUGCUAAAGCACGACAGCUUGCCCGAAGAUUACGUUUCACCCGACAACAUCGACGAAGUGGCAAAAUAUAUGGCGACUGCAAAAGCAAUGAAUGUUGAUAUUUCAGAUGCUUCUGAAUCAAGGGUUGAUCCCGAAACACCACACCCUCCGCCUCCAUCGCCAUGUACAACGGAGAGAAAACGAGGUUUGGCGUUGAUAGAAGUAUCGAGCGAGUCAAGAAACGAUGGAAGAAGAAUGAGUUACAGUCCAUUGUGGUCACAAUCAGUUGGAUUAUCAAACUCGUACGAACGUUUGUUGCUAACCACUGAAAACGACGCAAAACGGUUAACUGGAUUUCAAUUGAACACGGUUGCAAGGACUCCUUAUGAAAUGCAUGAUAUAUUUGCACUACUCUACCCCCAGCUGGUACAUCACUGGAGAAAAGCUGCAAAUACUCAAAAAACGAUCGAUUACUUAUUAAAAGCUGGGGAAUCUUGUAUAGCUACUUUACUCCUUCCGGAAGCUCUUCAUUUCUUGGAAGAUGCAAACGAAAUUGUACAAAAUCUGGGGAAAGGAAAUGAUAUCGUAGCAAAAGUCAAUGAAGAUGACGAUGACGGGGGUAUUUAUGACGUCAAGGUGCUAUCUGUAAGCAGAGAUACCAAAGCUCAAGUUCAAAGUUUAUUGGGAAGAAUUUUAUUCCAACAGGGUAAACUUGAACAAUCGUUGACGCAUUUUUUGAAGGCUUUAAGAAUUAUGCGUUGUGGACUUUCAACAAAUGCUUUCGUAAUAUACCCUAAACUCUGGUAUGAAAUCAGAAAGCAGAAUUUACACAUCAAAAAUCCAAACAGAUAUGUUGGGAAAGCAGACAGCAAAUUAGCCAAUAAAUAUGUCGAACAAGUGCGAUGUUUAUCCUAUCUCUGGCAAAUUUUUCUCAAUUUAAAGAGAGUAUCACAUCGAGUCAAACUUGCAAAACUGGUAGCUGUAAUGCAGGUUAAUAGAGCCGAAGCAGCUGACGACGACUUACAGGAAUUGAUAACAUCCUACACCUACAUGAUGCAAAUCCAUCAACUAACUGGAGAUCUACAACAAUCCGCCUUCUAUGAGAAUAAAGCUACUCAAAGAUGCCUAGAAUUACCAUCUAAACUUAGCGCAUCAGAUCUCUAUAUCACAGGACAUUUGCAUUUAGUAAGUUGUUCUAUACGUUCGUGUUUUGGAAAACUAGUUCAUGCAACAACAUCAGGAUAUAGAGCUUAUAGUGUUGCUGAUAUACUCCAUGAUAUCUCUAUCAAACUGAUAGUUCUCCCAUUGUUGGCUCAGAUUCACUUACUAACUGGAAAAGGACAGGCGUGUGAAGAAGUGUUAGAUUUAUUGAGGCACAUUUCAACAGCAGAUAAUGAUGAAUCGAGUUUGACAUCCUUCUAUUGUGCAUGUAUGGAUUUAAUUCUUGACGGUGGAUAUCAAUUCGAAAAAGCAUCUUCUUGUACGGAAUAUUUACAAAACAGUGAAUCAUUAAAUAUAGGUGAUGUACCUAGAUUGUACGUACGUGCAAAUAUGGCAGUAUGGUGCUACAGAAAACGUGAAAGAGUAAACGGUAGAGCUUGGUUGAAGCUUGCUGAAAAAUCGCUUCCUGAUUUUUUUGACAAUUUUCAUUCCGUACGAGCUUUUACUCGUAUUGUUGAAGCUCGUCUGAUUGAGUACCGUGGGUUGAUCGAAAAAUAUGGACAACACCAAACAGAUACAGUAAAGGUUGAACGAAUAUGCCGACAACACGCAUGGCGAUUGUCCAAACUUUGUAAGCAAUUCCCGGUCUUCCAACCUCGAUAUCUUCAUUUGAAAGCAUAUUUUCAACUUCUGAUGGGCCAAACGAACAAAGCGCGGGAAAAGGUCACUCAAGCUGCAAACAUGGCACGGUAUUGUGGAAAUUCUAUUGACCGUCAGUGGGCGCUACAUAGCCAACAACUUUGGUUUUCACCGUCAUCGCUUACGAACGACGACAUCAAUUUUUGGGAAUACAACUACAAUAGAUUACCAGAUUGGAGAUUCGCAAAUAAGAAUGAUCACGUGAACAGACAGUUCAGUCUGAAAACAUCGGAUCCUCUGGUUUAAUGGAAUACCUUAUAUCAGUAAUACUUACAUAAUUCACUGUAGUUGCGAAAGGAAAUAAUUUAUUAUAAAGCAAUAUGCAAAUUAAAUCUAUAUUACGG